GAUAUUUUACUAAACAACAACCUAAUACAAAAAAAUUUUGUGAUUUUAAAAUCUGUGAAGAUAUUGUUACUAAAGAUGGCAAAAUGCUUGCUUGCAGACAUGCUUAUCAUCAACAAUAUUUUGCUACUAUAGAUUUUAAAUACAAAAAAAUAAAUGAUGAACUUAAUCAAACAAUUUCUGAUAAUGAUGAUGAUAUAGCUAUUGAUUAUUUAGUUACAACUAAUAAUAUUGCAUCAAGUAGUUUUAGUAAUGCUGAGUCAAGUCAAUCAAGAAAUUUUAGUAAUGCUGAGUCAAGUCAAUCAAAAAGUUUUGACAAUAUUGAUCCAAGCCAAUCAAAUAGCUUUGGUAAUUCUUGGCCAAGUCAGUUAACUAAUUUUGAUAAUAUUCAAUCAAGUCAAUCAUGCACAAAAUCUCCUG